AGUAUAGUAUAAGUGUGUCUCUGAGAUUUCGGGCAUAGGUUGAGGGGGUACUUGAGCAUUAUCCCUUGGAUAUAUAUAUACUUUAUUAUUUUAUUUCUUUUUGAAAUAUUGUUAGUGGAGAUUAAAUUUCUUCCUAAAACAGGGUCAAAAAUAUUCGAAAACCAGAUUUUCUAUAUCUGAUCAAAUUUCAUGAUCAAACAGGUAUUUAACAAUAAUUUUUUUUUAAAAAAAAACUAGUCAAACUAGCAUAAUUAUCUAAUAUUUAUAGAUUUUGUUCCUAUAUCUCAUUCUCAUUCAAUUUCAUCCACCCCCAAGAAAAAGAAAAUGUUGUUGGCCUAUAUUUUCUUGAUUCUUUUGGCACAUCCUUUUUGUGUCAUUCCUACAAACACAACAACAUCAAAUGACAACAAAAGCAUAUUCAUUUUAGCAGGACAAAGCAACAUGUCUGGCAGAGGAGGUGUAGUAAACAACAUUUUUGAUUGGUACAUUCCACCAGAAUGUCAGUCUAAUUCAUCAAUUCUAAGACUAACAAAAGGGCUUUCAUGGGAAGUAGCAAAAGAGCCAAUUCAUCAAGACAUUGAUUAUUAUGCAGUUUGUGGGAUUGGUCCUGGAAUGUCAUUUGCUAACUUUAUUCUAAAAAAUGAUCCAAAUAUUGGUCUCAUUGGUUUGGUACCAUGUGCUAUUGGUUCCACAAAUAUUACCCUAUGGUCUCAAGGUUCAUUUUGUUAUAAUCAAAUGGUGAAUAGGGCUCGAAUCGCGUUACAAGAUGGUGGGACGUUACGAGCCCUUCUUUGGUAUCAAGGAGAGAGCGAUACUCUCAAUCUUGAUGAUGCUGAAUUGUAUAAAUCAAGAUUGGAGAAAUUCUUUACUGAUGCGCGAAAUGACUUAGGUGUACCUUCUCUACCUAUUAUUCAGGUGGCAUUGGCAACAGCAUUAGGGCCUUAUAUGAAGGAGAUAAGAAAGGCCCAAUUAGGGAUUAACCUUCCUAAUGUGAAAACAGUUGAUGCUAAUGGGCUCAAAGCAGGCCCAGAUUAUGUGCAUCUUAAUACUCAAGCAGAGGCCCAGCUUGGACAGAUGUUGGCCCAAGCCUUUUUGGAGUUUGGUUCAUACACAAUCCAUAAUUCUUUGGAGGUCCAAAAAAAGGAAUAGAAAUCAUUAUCUUUUUUUUUAAUUAUAAUUUAAUUCAGAAGAUAGAGUCUGAAUGUCAUUUAGGCCGGUUGAUAUACAUGUUGAAAAAUUAUUCUAAUUUCUGAUAAAUGAUAAUCUUUCUGUUGCAAUU